AUGGAUCAGUUAAAUGUCAAGGAACAGCAAGAGUUUCAACAAAUCGUUGAGCAGAAACAAAUGAAGGAUUUCAUGAAUUUGUAUUCAAAUCUUGUAUCCAGAUGUUUUGAUGAUUGCGUCAACGACUUUACUUCAAGCAACUUGACUUCAAGGGAAACCAGCUGUAUUGCUAAAUGUUCAGAAAAGUUUUUAAAACAUAGUGAAAGAGUUGGACAAAGGUUCCAGGAGCAAAACAUUUGUGAGUACAAGGGAGAUUAUCCCGAUAACAAGGCUUUAAUACCUGUUCAUCAAUUCAUUACCGAUUUGAACAAUACAACUUUUGAAUAUACUCAAAGAUUCCCCAAUGACGACAUCAAUUUCCCGCAGAUAGAUAUAAAACUACUUUCGUUUAUUAUCAAUCGAACGCUAUACUGUAAGUUUGUUGCCGUUACGAACGAGCUGGUGAUUGUUGAUAUAAGCGAUAAGUAUGACCAUUAUUUGAAGACGAUAGUGGCCACGUCGACACUUCGGUAUUCAAAGUACUUGUUGAAUAGCGCGAAGCACUUGUUUGAAUUGGAGAAACAAGCAAAGAAAGAUGUUGUAGAGACAAAGGUGGUGGAUCAAGCUGCUACAAAUAUCAUACAAGAGCCUGAUAGUGAGAAGAGUGUGGAAAGCUCUGCACCAAACAUUGAGGGAAAUAAAGAAGCUCCAACUAAAAUUCAACCUUCUUCAUCAGAAGUGGAGAUGGAGAGCAAAGUGAAAGAUACAAGGAGAGUGGAUAGUCCUGAAGUUGAGGAACUUGGAACUCCAAAGAAACUGGGAACGGACCGUGAAGAACAGAUUGUGAGGACCGAGGAAAAAGAACCCGCAAGGGCCUUAGCUAAGGAAAUACCGCGGAAAGAAGAAGAAGGGGAAGGGGAAGGAGAAGGAGAAGGAAACACACAAGAGAUCCGCAAAGACAAGGAAAUGUCAGUGAUAGAUCAAACUGAAACGGAGAACCUAGAAGAGAAGCAGAGUCGAGAAGAAACAACAGUGCUGGAAAUGGCCCAGGAAAAAACGGUUGUGGCAGAAAAGGUGAAAGAAAAACUUACAGAGGAAGAAGAGAAAGAGAAAUCUGUAGAGGAAGAGAAGCCUAUAGAGGAAGAGAAACCGAUAGAGGAAGAGAAACCUAUAGAGGAAGAGAAACCUAUAGAGGAAAAGAAGCCUAUAGAGGAAGAGAAAUCUAUAGAGGAAGAGAAAUCUAUAGAGGAAGAGAAACCUAUAGAGGAAGAGAAACCUAUAGAGGAAGAGAAACCUAUAGAGGAAGAGAAACCUAUAGAGGAAGAGGAGAGAGAGAAAUCUAUAGAGGAAGAAGAAAAAGAGGGACUGGUAGUGAAAGAGGAAUCUAUAGAGGAAAAGAACCCUAUAGAAGAAAAACAAGUGGUGGUAAAGCCCGAGGAAACCAAAGGCGCCGUUGCUCAAGAAACAAGAAAAAGGCCUCAUUCGAAUUCUCCGGCACCUACUCAACACCAUAAACGGUUCCAAAACAUUGCUGUAAACUUACUUAACUCGAUACAAGAACACAGAUUUUCUUCACCAUUUCUACAAGCGGUCAAUGCCAAAGAUGCGCCAAACUAUUACGAGUUGAUUUACCAGCCGAAAAAUUUAAAGAGUAUCUCAAAGGCACUAAAAUCCAAAAGCGAUCCUCCAGUGUAUCUGCUGAUUAUAGAAUUGGAAAGAGAUAUAAUGCUCAUGUUUGCCAACUGUAUAAUGUACAAUCGCAUCGACGAAGAUUUAGUUGAAUUGACCAGGAAAAUGAAAGAGGAUGUAGGCGAAAUGUUUAAAAUGUUUAAGGAGGCAGAACUGGAAAUUAAAUAA